CGGCGGCUGCGGCGGCGGGAUGGAGGAGCCGAGCGGAGGGGAGUCAGCCGGGGAGGCUGAAUCGCGGAUGGCCGUGGAAGAAGCGGCAGGGACGGCAGAAGCGACCGGGGAAGAAGAGAGGGAAGCCCGGCCAGAGGUAGAGCCGGAGCCGGAGCCGGAGCCGGAGAGAGAGGACAACCAGUUAACAGAAGCCGCCUUGCCGCCCGUACCGGCCGCCGGUAGCAGCCAGGAAAUCGCAGAAGAUCUUAGUUCAGAUGAAGGUAAUGAGAGUCAGAGUAGCGAGGAGAGCAGCUGCAGUGGCUAUGGGAGUCACGACAGGCCUGGAACAGCUUUGCAGAGGGUUGUGUCAGAUGCAAAAGCUCUUCUUCCAGACACUUUCCAGACAAACAACCUCCUCUUCUAUGAGAGAUUCAAGACCUACCAGGAUUACAUGUUAGCUGACUGCAAAGCCUCAGAGGUGAAAGAAUUUACAGCCGAGUAUUUGGAAAAGGUCCUUGAACCCUCCGGAUGGCAGGCAAUCUGGCGCACUAAUGCAUUUGAAGUCUUAGUCGAGGUUGCCAACGUAGACUACGCUUCCCUGAAAGCUGUGGUGCGGCUUUCCCAGCCUUUUCGGUGCCGGGUACAAGAGGGGGGCUUCACCUCGGAGCAGAUGUGCGCGCUGUUGGAACUGAAGGAACAUCAGCUGCCGCUGCAGGAAUUGUCAGUCGUGUACGAUGACUCGGGAGAAUUCGACCAGACGGCCCUUGCAAUAGAGCAUGUCAGGUUUUUCUAUAAGCACAUUUGGCGAAGCUGGGAUGAAGAAGAUGACGACUUCGACUACUUCGUCCGAUGCGUGGAGCCACGUCUGCGUUUGUAUUACGACAUCAUGGAAGACCGCAUCUCUCCAGCUCUGGUGUCGGACUAUCACAGCCGCCUUUCUCAGUGCAAGGAACUCUACGGCAAGUUCCAAGUCCUGAGGAACAGCCUUUCGGCCUGCGAUUCCGACUCUGAAAAGGACAACGUCUCUGUGGUGGAAGGGAUGAAACUCUACGACAAGAUCGAGCACCUGAAACAACAGCUGGAAAUGAUUGAAAACUUUCUAUUCCGAUACGUCUUUGGUUAUAAGAAGCACGCUGGACUCAAGGCAAAAGGAACCCGUUCUUCUAAUGUCACCAUCACCCACGUUGUCUGUGCUACAAUCCAGUCGAGCUUCCUACAAUGUCUGGUCAGGGACAAACUUUCUCCGGAACACUUCAACGAAGACAUUGAAAUCCAGUUCCACCACGACCCACAGUCUGCUUUGAAUGCUUGCUAUGAAGGAGACCGGGUCAUAAUCUGUCCCGGCCAUUACAUUAUUGAAGGAGCAUUGCCGAUCGCUGAUUCUGUUGCCCUAGAAGGCUACGGACUGCCGGAUGACAUCGUGAUAGAAAAGCAAGGGAAGCCACAUGCUUUUGUUGACUGUACCGGAAAGGACGUGAAAAUCUCUAACCUGAAGCUCAUCCAACGUGAUACGGAGAAAGGCAUUCUGAGUGUUCAUCAAGGAAGGACUACUCUGGAAAACUGCGUGUUGCAGUGCGGAGUUACUGGAGUUGCGGUCCGGACAUCUGCCGAGUUCUUAAUGAAGAACUCUGACCUGUAUGGGGCGAAGGGUGCUGGGAUUGAAAUCCACCCAGGCAGCACCUGCAUUUUGACGGGGAAUGGGCUACACCAUUGUCGAGAAGGAAUCCUCAUCAAGAACUUUUUGGAUGAGCAAUUUGACGUGCCCAAGAUAACCAUGAAGAACAAUGUGAUACACAAUAAUGAAGGCUAUGGUGUGUUACUGAUGAAACCUAAAGAGGCUAGUGAGGUCACGCCAGAAAGCACGUCAGAACAGCCGAAAGAGAGCGCGUCCGCUGAAGGUGCCAUCACUGAGAUCUGUGAAGGUCCUCAUGAAUUGGAUUGUGGUGAAGUGGACCCUUACGGAAGAGACGAUGACGACAAUGAGGGAGAAGGCAAUUUUCAGAUUUCAAAGGAGCUUUGGGCCACCUCGCUGAAGAAGAAGCAGCUGUGCCAAAAGAGACUGAGCCAGUUGGAGAUCCCAGAGGCAGACAGCCAGACGUCUCAGGAGAUGUUUGUGUCCAUCCUGGGCAACCAGUUCAAGCGUAACGGGAAAGGGUGUUUUGGAACCUUCCUUUAUUGACUUUCCGAAUUAUAUUAUCAACCCAACAAGAAUAACCAGCCAGCUAAGCACUGACACUUUCCAGAAUAGCUAAAACUAUUUUUUUUUUAAAAAACUGUUUUUUUUAAAAAAAAAUAGUUUAAACCUGGUUAUAUAUUCCUGUUUCACUGUGUCCUUCGUGUGUUCUUUUCAGCAGUGGGUGUUGGGCUUCGCAGCAGUGAAAUGCGUGUGUUGGCUUGGAGCAAGUUUUGAAGCCAUAACUUGAAAGUUGAAAGCUCUCCCAUGAGCCUCCCCGAAGGGAGAAGCUUCAUUCUUAUUGGCUCUGUGUAUCCGUUUAUUAUUAUACUAUUUAUAUCUAACAUCGAUCACCUCGUUUUAAAAAUAAAAUAAAGCUCUGUACGUUUAAAGGGAGACUGUUGGCGCUGCCCUUCUACCUCGGGACUGCAGGUAAAAUGAACAUUUGUUGUUUGAGUAAUGACUGGGUGUUGGUUUCAGCUACAUUGAGUAAACCUUUGUAUUUAGCAAAAUUGUCCUCUUGCAUUACUUGUCCGGUUGAUUGGGCGUGCAGGAAGCUGUUUAUUUUGCUCUUUGCUCUCCAGUUUAUUUCUGCCUAGCAUUGAAAUCCCUAAUUCAGUGAUAGCUAACCUUUUCUGGAUUGAGUGCCCAAAGCGCGUGGGCACCUGUGCAAAUUUACGCAUGCACCCAAACCUCCAAAAUGUAAUGCGUGUGCAGCCCCCACACAUGCGCCCCACCCUUGCACAUGCACACACAGCCCCCUGUGCAUCAUCCCAUCCCCAUGUGUGCCCCCUGCACACCCCUGCCUCCCCACGCAUGCGCGUGUGCCCCACCACAUGCCCUACUCCCCAGCGCAUGCAUGGGAGAGACCCAAAGACGAGUUGGCUGGCAGGUGGCAAGCACGCAUGCGCAGCGGAGCUGAACUGUGGCGAUGGCUUGCGUGCCCACAGAGAGGGCGCUGAGUGCCACCUCUGGCACGUGUGCCAUAGGUUCGCCAUCAUGGCCCUAGUUGAAUAUGUUGGACCAAGCCUACAAAGAACGUGGUUGAAUCUAAGUAGCACAUCCAGUGGUGAAAUUCUAUUUUUUUUACUACUGGUUCUGUGGGCGUGGCUUGGUGUGGCUUGGUGGGUGUGCCAGGGGAAGGAUACUGCAAAAUCUCCAUUCCCGCCCCACUCCAGGGGAAGAAUACUGCAAAAUCCCCAUUCCUGAGGGAAGGAUAUUGCAACAUCUCCAUUCCCAUCCCACUCUGGGGCCAGCCAGAGGUGGUAUUUGCCAGUUCUCUGAACUACUCAAAAUUUUCGCUACCGGUUCUCCAGAACCUGCUGGAUUUUACCUCUGAGCGCAUCUGAAUGUGUAUUGUGUCAGGUUUCGAGGUCGUCUCAAAUAAAUUGCAUUUCAAACAAA